GGCCGGCUCGCCGCGGGCCCCGCUCGCCAAGUUCAGCUCGGAGCGGCCAAACCCGGCCCCCCGGGCUCGCUGGUGGGCGGGGAGGGCCGGCCGGCCGCGCUCCGCUCCGGCACGGAGCGGGAGGACGGGCGAAACUUUCCUCCGCGGCCCCAGCGGAGGCAAUGGGCCCCGACGCGCUGCCGCUCGGCGCCUGCGGCGGGGCGGCCGCCGCCGCCGCCCUGCUCCUCUGGGCCGUCUGCGUGCUCUGCAGGAGGAAAAGGAAGACUGGAGAGCCCCCACUAAUAAAUGGCUGGAUUCCUUACCUUGGGAAGGCUUUGAUUUUUAGAAAAGAUGCUUACAAAUUCUUACUGGAUCAGCAAAAGAAACUUGGAGAUAUUUUCACUGUACAUAUUGCUGGCAGAUACAUUACCUUUAUCAUGGACCCGUUUCAAUAUGUUUACGUCAUCCGAAAUAGCAAGCAACUUGAGUUCCAUGAAUUUGCUAAUAAGAUGGCUUCCAAAACUUUUGACUACCCAGCCUUGUCGAAAGCAAAAUUCCCUGAUCUCAAGGAAAACCUGCACAGAAUCUACCAGUAUCUACAAGGCAAGCCUUUGGACAUAAUUUCUGACCACAUGAUGAAAAAUCUCCAGGAUAUAUUUGAAUGGAAAUGCUCGCAAGCAACAGAUUGGGAAACAGAAAAAAUGUACAAAUUCUGCUGCUCUGUAAUGUUUGAAGCCAGUUUUGUAACACUGUAUGGAAGAGUUCCUGCUGCAGAUGGCCACAAAGUUAUUAGUGAAAUCAGAGACAAAUUUAUCAAGUUUGAUGCCAGCUUUCCCUAUUUAGCUGCAAACAUACCAAUUGAGUUGCUAGGAGCUACCAAGAAGGUUCGAAAGGAGCUUAUACAUCAUUUUUUACUUCAGAACAUGACAAAAUGGCUGGGAGGGUCAAAAGUGGUCCAAGCCAGACAAGAUAUAUUUGAGAAAUAUGAGCUGCUUGGAGAUUAUGACAAAGCAGCACAUCAUUUUGCCUUCCUGUGGGCCUCUGUGGGAAACACGAUUCCAGCUACAUUCUGGGCCAUGUAUUAUCUGCUGCGGCACCCAGAAGCUCUUGCAGCGGUGCGUGACGAGAUUGACCAUUUGCUGCAGUCAACAGGUCAGAAGAGAGGGCCCACGUAUAACAUCCACCUCACCAGAGAACAAUUGGACAACCUGGUCUACCUGGAAAGCGCCUUAAACGAGAGUUUACGGAUGUGCUCGUCUUCCAUGAACAUUCGCAUCAGCCAGGAGGAUUUUGUCCUCAAGCUUGAAGGGGAUCAGGAAGUCAGUCUGAGGAAAGGAGACUGGAUAGCCCUUUACCCUCAGAUUUUGCACAUGGACCCUGAGGUCUAUGAAGAUCCUAAGGAGUAUAAGUUUGAUCGUUACAUAGAGAAUGGCAAGAAGAAAACCACGUUCUUCAAGGCAGGAAGAAAACUGAAGUAUUUCCUAAUGCCUUUUGGCUCUGGGAUCAGCAUGUGUCCAGGGAGGUUCCUUGCGAUGAAUGAGAUGAAGAUGUUUCUUUUCUUACUUUUGGCUCAUUUCGAUGUAGAACUAGUGGAAAGCAAAGCUGUCAGACUUGAUAACAGUCGUAUGGGCCUUGGUAUCCUUCUGCCAGACGUUGAUAUUGCCUUUCGUUACAAGCUAAGGUCCCUAAAAAAGUGAGCGGCUGCCUAUAUGUCUUCUACUAAUCUCAGUGUUUGCUCUGUUUCCUCAUUCAACUUUGUAUUCUUGGGAAUGUUUGCUUUUACCCUCUCUGCUUUCACCUCCUCCUUACUUUUUUUUUAAGAGAAGAAAAGCCCUUAGGCUGGAGGUAGAUGUCAGACUUGGGAACAAGCAACCCUGCCCAAGUUGUGAGUAGUGAGGUGAGAUGACAAGAGUUUGGCUGCGUAAAUAGUCCCUGCGAGAAGGACCCCUAUACUCUUGGCCAUAAGUCAAGUAGGUUUUAGAGGGAGGAUGACAUCAAGCUGAAUCCAGGCCGUUAUUUGGGAAAUGGGCUCAACAGACAUACAUUGGGAAUUCCUCAGACUCCUCGGAAACCUGACAAUCCAGAUACACUGCAAGCAUGAUGUUAGAACCAAAAGGCCUCCUAACAUAGCUGUGCCACAAGGUUCCCCCUUGUUAGAUGGGGAGGUCCCCUGUACCCACCAUCUGGAGGCAUCACUACGUCUGCUUGUAGAACAGUAGCAACAAAGGGGGAAAUUAAUUCUAGAAGGUGAAAGGUUGUUUAGAGAUAAUUGUUCUAACUUUUUAUUUACUCUGUUCCCUUUGUGAUCCUGAGUGUCUUAGUCCUUACUUGGGAGAUGUAAUGAAAGCUAUAUGGGUUGGAUGGGGGGUAGGGGGAAAGAAUUUGCAAGAAUACCUUAUUGGAAACACAUCUCUGACUUGACUGGUAUGAACUUGAGUGGUAUGAGUGGUACGAAGCGAGGGUGAACGCUCUGUUUUUGUGCAAUACAAAGAAAUUAAAUUCUAUGAUUUUUUCUGCAGUUGAUUAAUGUCAGAGGAGAGGUUCUGUUGAUUUUAGUAGGCCUUGGAUCAAGCCUACAUUAUCUAUUUUGCCUAUGAGCCAUAAACAAACAAACAAACAAAAAACAGUAUACUCUUCAGGUAGAAAAUAUAUGAGCCUGUUUGAAAUGAUUCUAUCAUCUCAAAAAUUACCUUCUGUUUGUCUUACCGUUUUACUAGUAGCAUGUGUCUGUGUUUAUUUUCACAAUUUCUUGUGUUUAUUAGUUGCUCCAGAAAGGCAAAAUGAGAGGACUUCAAGGAGAAGAGUGGUAUCUAAAACUACUUUUUAAUAGUGUUUUAACGUGCCUAAGAAAUGCACAGGCAGAGUAGCGUGACCUCUGUUUGGAAACAGAACUAUCUCUCUACAAGAUGGAAAACAGGCUCUUUGGGCCCAAAACUUGAGCAAGCGAAGACCUCAGACAGCCACAGAGAUUGGCCGCAUAUGGGCUUCACUGGGUGACAUGAUCCUGUUUCAAACAUGAAUUUCCUGGUGCGUGGUGCACGGGAUCUAAGAUUUGUAGACCCUGUCUCUCUUCCUAGCCACCACUUUGGAGACGGAGGAGGAUUCUCAUGGCUGUCUCAGUUUGACGAGAUCCUAAUUGUGAUGAGAGAGUAGCCAUGUCUGUGGGCCUUGCUUUGUCUUCCCCAAAAAAUCUCAGUUUGCGAUGUGCCAGCAUAAGUUCUGCCCACAAUGCCAGCUGACAAAGAACGUUAUACAUGAAAAAGACUUCCCCUGAUACGCCCAAGUGUCCCGUCAUCAUUCAUGGAACUUAGAGUGAAAGAAAGAUGAGUAAUCACUGCAAGAGGUUAUUUUGGGCAGCCAACCCUUAAUCUGUUCUGUGCCAGGAUUUGCAUUUCUCUAAAUAGCUAACCAACCACAGAGGUGUGACCCCUGUCUGGACACAAGUUCAGAUUUGCCCUACAGAUGAUGAAUGAACUGCUGUCUCAUCUGGAAUUGGAGUACCCAGCAGCAUUAUAGAAAUUUCUCAGUGAUUGCUGAGCAAAUCACUAAAAAGAUCUUUUUUUUUUUUUUUCCAGUGUUUCACUGUCCACAUUUCUGUGUUUUUGGGGUGUCCUGCUCUGGUGCUGUCAAAGGUAUGAUGCUCAAAAAAAGCACCUGACACUCUACUUUGUGCAAAGGACACAUUGCUCUGAAAACUUUGGCUUGACUUGUCUCUUGUCUUUUCCCAGUGGAGCACCAGAGCCACUAGCUCAUUUUGGGAAUACUGAGCUGCAAUCUACUGUUCUUCCAUGUCUUCCAAAAUCAGAAAUUUUACUUGUCUCUUAAGCACUUGAUAGCCUGUGGAUGGAAACUGCUACAUACAUACUAAAGUUUAGAAUUAUUUAUUGUUAUUUGCAUAGGAGACUGUUUAGUUAUUCAUCUAAAGCACAUACCCUAAAUAAGCAUUAGUAGAAAGUCUUUCAAAAAUUAGCACAGCCACAUUCCAAAUCCUCUGAUGAGAAAACUGUGUUUUUGUGAGAUAUAUUGGAUGAACAUUUUCUCUUCAUAUAUAAUAACAAUAGCAUCUAUAGUGUUGGAGUACACUUAUAUUAACUGGGCUUUGCGAUUGAUUAAAUGCCUUAACUUUGCUUCAACAUUUAAUCAACAGCAAAAGCUGAUUAUUACUUUGUGCCACAGAAUAAAAUUUGUUUUUAUGGAGAGAUUCCUGUACUCAAGUUACUUACUGCUAUACUUACUCGAUAGGAGCUAUUCUGUACUCAGCCAUAGCUCACAAUCCAGUUUGGACAUUAGAGCCUGUUUUAUUGAGAGAGGAAAUGCUGAUAUCAUUAUACUGUUGACUAUAUUACAUUAUUGCUUAAGUGUAAGCUGUAAAAUGUCUCAUGCCACAGUUAUGAUAAAUCUUUCCUUGGCAUCCAACUUUGAAACAAACCUGAAGCAACUGCGAAAAUAACAGUAGGUAUUUGUUUAAAACAUAAGAUUUUUUUUUAUAUAAUUGUGUUCUAUUUUUAGGAUUUUGAAUGAGACUAUCACAGGCUGCUGCAUAAUUUAGUAGGACAUAAUAGGACUGUGCCAAAAGUACAUUCAGAUCAUUAGUAAUUUCAGAUUAAUUGCUGAUCAGUUUGUACAGUAUCUGUUAUGAAAUUAAAAGAAGAUCUAGAUUGUCUCCAAACUAGCAAAUUAAAUCUGUAGGCCUUACUUCCUUCUUUAAAAAAAAAAUAAUAAUAAAAAAGAGUCUUUCCCAGGAGCCGAAGGAAGGCUCCAUGAAGGCGCUCAGAGGCUUUGCAUGGGGGUUGGAGACUGCACCUUGCACCACACAGCAGGCCAGCAUUUUGCUGGGAUAAAGUCAGUUGCUCUUUUAGCUCAGGAACCAGAAGGAUCAAACUUAAAGCAGGGCCUUCCCAACUUGUCCUGGAACUGUGUCCCUGUCCCGGUAGGUGACUUAUGCAUCUCUCAGGUAGGGCCUGCAUACAUUCGUGUACCCCAUCUGCAGUCGAGGUAAGCUUCACCCCCUCUUCAACGUCAUAAGUGUUAGAGCAGGGAAGAGGAACGUUAGGCCUGGUUGGUCUUCUCCCAAAUACUCUGCAACUAAGCAGGUGACUUAGUGAGAGUCAGCAGCUGGUCUGACCAGGAAUGACCUGGUCUCCACAGAGCAGGGAGCGAAAACCCAUGGUAUUCAUGGGUGAGCCUGCAGUAUGCCUUGAGGCCGCAGCUGGAGCCAAGCUGGCCACAACAUCCUGCCUGUGGUAGAAGGACAGCUUUGCACAUUUGCUUCAUGACAUAGGGAGCAAAAUGGUUUCUAUCUCCUUUGCCACAGACCCAGGAGCUCUUAGUGUUGGUCACUUGGGCACCGUAGCACUGUUGGCAAGCAUUCAGUUGGGUGGGUGGCAGGAGGUGGUGGCACCUUUUGCUGCCCUGUCCCUCCUUUCCACUGCAGAAGGGGGCUGCCCAACAGGCCCAGCAGCGCCUGUUCGCCUUCCCCAGCCAACCCCAUGGGCACAGGACCAGCUGGGAGGGCUGUUGGGGGGCCCUGGCUUCCCUCUGUUCAUCCUGGAGUGAAACAGUGUGCCCACUGCUCAGUUUUAAAAGUCAUAGAGCUGGUCUAUACCGGCCUCAAAUGUAAGCUGGCACUGCCUAUGGCUAUACUGAUACUAUCUUCUGCUGUUAAGAAAAAAUGUAUUUUUUUCUGAUAUAAAAUAGGUUUUCUAAGUCACCGUGGCCCUGUGUAGCAUGUCAGAAGAAAAGUGAAUUUAUCAUGAACUAAUGUGAAUACUAAAAUGUGAUUUUUUUUCUAUUAUCAUUUUAAUUUACUGUUUGUUCUCCAUUUUCAUGUUGCCACUGAAUACUGCUGUAACCUGUCGUAAACUUACUAAACUGCUACAUUUCUCCAAAGAUCACGCAUGUAUACCUGUUCGCAAAUUUGACUUCCACAUCUCUGCCAAUAUGUCCUAAUGUACUAAUAGGAGACCAUUUAAGAGUUGUUCUUCAGUUUACAGUUUUAAGCCCGUUGCAUGUCACUGGUUUUGGCAUUGCUAUUUUUAUGAGUAAUUGCUGGUCUGUGAAUUUCACUUGUAGAAUUAUAAAUGAUCUUUUAUUUCAUCAUUAUUGAACUUUCUGACAUUCAAAAGAUUGUGAAUUGCUCUUAAUUGUGCAAACUGACAUUUUGUAUAUAGAUGAACAAUGGUUAGGUUCUACUUUAAUAGUUAAUAUCCAUCAUUAAGGCUCUUAAAUCGAAUAAGGUAUAUUGUGAAUUUCUGAGCGAGAAAAUUGAAACUUCAUUAUUUUAGUAAUCUAACAUCUUAAGUGAAUUUUGUAUUUCAAGGAUACAAUAAAAAUGAAUAUAUCUAUUUUAAU